UAUGUUGAGAAGAAAGGAGAAAGCAGCAGCAGCAACUGAUCCUGCAACCAAAGGUAAAAAGAAGAGACCAGAUCUAAAGUCCUUGCAUACUCCUCACAGUACGACUCUAAUGGAUGGAGUGCAGAUCAAGUUAUUGGUGAGCCAAAAGUCUAUCCAAACUAUGGAGAUAGAAAUGGUUCGUGGGCUCCUCGUAGAACCGGUGGAACAGAAUUUAUUGAAGUUGAGUUUCCUAUGGAACUAUUCAUUCUAAAGGUCAGUAUAUAUGAGACCUAUCAUUGCGGUGCAGUUACAAGCGUUGGUGCUUGGAAUCCAUCAUCGCAAUCUUACGUAUCAAUCUAUCACGGCUUACCAACUGUCAUUACCAAAAGCAGAAUAUUUGAGCCACAGAUUGAAAAACUUGAUUUUAAAAGCAAUAGACUACGGAUUGAUAUUGACUGCUCAGCUGCAAGGUCGUGGUGUGAAAUUGAUGCAGUAAAGAUAUCAGGACAGCGGAUUAGUCUUCCUCCAAUACCAAUCAAUUCCUUGUCAAGUGACAUGAGAAAGCUGAUCAAUUCAGAUGUUUUCUCUGACGUUUGCUUUCUUGUAGAAAAGAGGAGAAUUUUGGCCCACAAGGCUAUCCUUGUGUCACGAUCAGAUUACUUCAUGGCGAUGUUUUCACAUAACAUGAAAGAAUCUAAAAUGGAAGAAAUUGUCAUUGAAGAUGUUGAGCAUGAUACAUUCCUCUCACUUUUAGAAUAUAUUUAUACUGGAGAAUUAACAUGCAGCCCUGUAGUGACAGUUGAUCUACUGAAAUUGGCAGAUAUGUUUAGCAUGGAUGACCUGAAGGUGAUAUGCAUGUCACGGAUCCCAGAUCAUCUCUCAGUUGAUACAGUCCUAGCUGUACUGAGUGCAGUCUCUAAGGGAGACAGCCUAAUGGCAAUAAGGGAGCUGUGUUAUGAGUUUAUUGCACAAAAUUAUGCAGAAGUGACUAAGUCGGAGGAUUUUCUAUCACUACCAAAGGAGGAACUGAUAGAAAUUGUUCAGCUAACUGCAUCAAAGAUAAAGCUCUAGCCUAGAGACUUUUCAUAGUU